AACGAGGAGCAAAUAUUCUAGUUUCCGGUCCCUGUUCUCGCGAGAGUGUGUGACUGUGUGUUGGAGAACGAUGGCUGGUGUCUUACUUCGCAGAGCCCAGUGUCUGGGCAACAAAAUCCCACGAUGCCUUAUCACAGCGCAAAAUUUGCCUCAUCGAUUACGAUCUUCCACACCAGAUGCCCUGGUUCAGCCACCCAAGGAAGGCACAGUGUUUGCUCCUCUUGGCACUUUCACUGAUGAAGAGGUCAUGAUAAAAGAAAUGGUCCAAAAGUUUGCACAGGACCGGAUUGCACCUCUGGUGAAAAGUAUGGAUGCCAAUUCAAAAAUGGAGGACUCUAUCAUCCAGGGACUAUUCGAACUUGGGCUGAUGGGAAUAGAAGUUGAUCCAAAGUAUGGGGGCACUGGCGCCUCGUUCUUUUCCUCCAUUCUGGUGAUUGAGGAACUGGCUAAAGUAGACUCUUCAGUGUGCAUUUUGUGUGAUAUACAGAACACUCUUAUCAAUGCCUUGUUUCAGAGAUUAGGGACGGAGGAACAGAAGAAUACUUACCUCCCCAGGUUAUGCAAAGAUAUGGUGGGCAGCUUCUGCCUUUCAGAGGCCGAGUCAGGCAGCGAUGCGUUCUCUCUGAGGACCACUGCUACCAAGCAGAAGGAUUACUAUGUCAUCAAUGGUUCUAAGAUGUGGAUUAGUAACUCCGAGCAGGCUGGAGUCUUCCUUGUGAUGGCGAAUGCCAACCCUUCAGCUGGAUACAAAGGGAUCACCUGUUUCAUUGUCCCGAGAGACACUGAAGGACUUCACAUUGGGAAGAAGGAGGAUAAGCUGGGUCUCAGGGCAUCUUCCACCUGCUCGCUAAACUUUGAGAAUGUCAAGGUCCCCGAGUCCAGUGUGUUGGGGCAGGUCGGACAAGGAUAUAAAUAUGCCAUAGGAAUGCUCAACGAGGGACGCAUUGGAAUAGCUGCACAGAUGCUGGGACUGGCCCAGGGAUGCUUUGACCAGACAAUCCCAUAUACCAAGCAGAGAAUUCAGUUUGGGAAGAGGAUAUUUGAUUUUCAGAGUAUGCAGCACCAGAUUUCUCAGAUAGCUACUCAGCUGGAAGCGACACGUCUGCUCACCUACAAUGCAGCCAGGCUCCGGGAGGCAGGGAAACCCUUUAGAAAGGAGGCAUGCAUGGCCAAGUACUACUCAUCAGAGGUUGCUUGUCUCACUACCAGCAAAUGCAUGGAAUGGAUGGGUGGUGUCGGAUUCACUAAAGACUAUCCCAUUGAAAAAUAUUAUAGAGAUGUAAAAAUCGGUACAAUCUACGAGGGAACAUCCAACAUCCAGCUGACCACAAUUGCCAAGUUCAUUGAGCAGGAAUACUGAAAGAUGGUCCCCAUGAUUCAUCAUUUUUCCAAAGACACUCUAAAAGCAAGAA